UUACCAAAAUAAAUAAAUGAAAUUGCAUUUGAUGUUACACCAGAAUUUGUUUCAGCCUUUCGCCUUCUAUUUCUUCUUCCCUUCUCAAUUUUCCCACACAAACAAACACCUUCAGCUUUUCUCUGGAGUCACUGCUUCUCUUCUCUUCUCUUCUCUUUUCAUUUCCAGAGUAUCUGUCAGCUUAGCCAUGAACCACUCAGUUCCUGAUUGGAAUUUUGAGUCUGAGCUCCCAAUCUCCAACCACAGAAAAUCAAUGGGUCAAGAUAAUGAACUGGUGGAGUUAUUAUGGGAAAAUGGUCAGGUAGUUUUGAGCAGCCAAAAUCACAGAAAACAAGUACAAAAUAAUGAUCAACCAACAUUAAGAGCGGGUAGUUUAUCAUAUGGAAAUUCAAGUAAUCUAAUUCAUGAUGAUGAAACAGUGUCAUGGAUCCAAUACCCUGUUGAAGAUUCCUUUGAGAAAGAGUUAUUUUCCAAUUUUUUCUCUCAACUCCCUUCGUCUGAUCCAGUGGAAGCUGAUAACAAUAAUAAGUCCAGCAGACAAUUACCGGGUCAUCAUCAAACUACUGCAAAUUCAAACCAACUUAAUGUUAAUUAUUCAAUGCCGGAGUUUCGUGGGAAUCCCGUGCCGAUGCCGCCUCCCAAUUUUCAGCUCAAUUCGGCACAAGAGAAGAAUUUACAAGAUUUAAGCAAGAGUAACGGUGGCAGUUCAAUACCAACAGAAGUUGAGUGUUCGGGAAUGGCGGUUGGAUCAAGUUAUUGUGGCAGCAAUCAAGUUCGUAACGAUAUCUACUUUAGCCGAGGAUCGAGCAAUGGUUUCGGAACUACGGUGACCGGUUUAUCGACGGAGACAUCGAAAGAUGAUGCUCGAAGAGGGGUUGUUCAAAGCAAGAAAGGAAAAACCAAGACUAUUGAACCCACUGUUACUUGUUCUUCAGGUGGGUCUGGAUUCGUGAGUAGCCAUAAGAGGAAGAGCAGAGACGGGGAGGACUAUGAGUGCCAAAGUGAGGCCGCUGAACUUCAAUCUGCUGCUGCAAAUAAUCCACCCCAACGAUCUGGCCUUUCUCGCCGGAGUCGAGCAGCCGAAGUUCAUAAUUUAUCUGAGAGGAGACGGAGAGAUAGGAUCAACGAGAAGAUGCGAGCAUUGAAAGAGCUCAUACCUCAUUGUAACAAGACUGACAAGGCAUCCAUGUUAGAUGAGGCAAUUGAAUAUCUUAAGUCGCUUCAGCUACAGCUUCAGUUAAUGUGGAUGGGAAAUGGGAUGGCCCCAAUGAUGUUUCCAGGAAUACAACAUUAUAUGUCCCGCAUGGGAAUGGGGAUGGGGAUGGCAACGCCUUCUAUGCACAAUCCUCUUCCAGCUGCAACGGGGCAAACUCAACAGCACCAACAUCAUGUGCAAAAUCCGACGUUUUCCGACCAUUAUGCACACUUUCUGGGCUUCCAACGUAUGCAAAAUGCCUCCCAGCAGAUGAAUAUGUUUGGAUAUGGCUCCCAAACUCCAACGCAAAGUCCAAUAGUAUUAGCGCCUACCACUAAUGUUAUACUAACUACGACCAAUAACACUCCUCCAAGUGGCAAGGCUAAGUGAAGUUAAAGCAAAGGGGGUCCAUAGUAACUUGCUAGAAGCUGAUACUGCCCAACAUGCGGUGCCUUUUAUUUUCAAACAGUAGGUAUGCCAAAGGGUCCAGUGUCCGAUCGUCAACGAAGAAGUUUAAAGUCAUAUCCUAUAUGCAUAUUAUCAAAUGAGACAGCCACUAUAACGACUCAACAGAAGCAGGCAUUGGAUUGUUCCAGGGAUGGACCGAAAGGGUUGCCUAACAUAAAAUAUUGCGCCCUUCACGGGAUUGUUCCAUUCAGUUUGUUACUCAGAUUCGAUUUCAGGAUGAAACAUGACAUCUCUACUGUGCUGCUGCUUGGUGGAAUUUUGGCAAAUAAGACAGCAAUCGCCAUACAUACAUAUAUAUGUAAGAGGAAGUUUGGUUGUUCUCGUGUUAUAUAAAAUCAAGGAUGAUAAUAGAUUAGAUAUUUGCUGUUAUUCUUUUGAACAUUCAA